AUGAAAUCGUGGGCUAAAUACCAAAAUGGCAAUAUUUGUUCAGACGUCUCGACCCCAGGCUUUAUUCCAUCGGUUCCCUUUAACUGUGAAAACAGCUACAUAGACAACUACUCCUGCAAGAAGUGCACCUUCCAAGCUGAUCUACUCAUAUUUUUCAAAAGACACGUCGAAGACUACCAUGGUAUUAAAAAAGAAACCGAUUUCACCCCUUUGCGUUACAGUUACAACAUUCAAAAUUAUAUUUGCAAAAAAUGCAACUUUGCAACCCACUCGUGCAUAAAAAGACUGCAACAUUCGACGGAGUGCCUUGAAAGUAAACACAGUUCCGAAAAGCUCAGUCCACACGUAUUAAAAACAGUCAAAAUUCAUAAAAUCCAGCCUCAUCGCAAAAAAAAGAAACCAAAAAAUCCCCGCUGGCACAAAUGUGACCAAUGUGAUUACCAGUCCACAAACGCAAGUCACUUAAAAGCGCACAUAAUUUCCAAACACCUUAAAGAAGACGAAUUAAGUUGGUUUUAUUGUGACAAGUGCCCCUAUAAAACCCUGUUCAAGAAGCACCUGCGCCGGCACGACCACGCCAAACACACUGAAGACGAAAAAGUGCAAUGGUAUGAAUGUAAACUGUGUCCAUACAAAUCUAAAUUCCAAGGACCGUUGAAUUGGCACAAAAAAGCCACACAUCUCAUCGGAACCAAUAUUAAACUGUACGUUUGCGACCACUGUCCCUAUAAAACGUGCAGGAGAGGAAAUUUCCGGAGACACAUCACUAGUAAACACGUCAACGACAGCGAAAUCCAGUGGCACCAAUGUGAAAAAUGCACCUACAAGUCGAAAUUCAAAAGCAACUUGAACAUCCACAUGAAGAUGGUACAUCCAGACGAAAGCAGCAUCAAAUGGGAGAAAUGCGAGCAAUGCGGCUUCCAAACCAAGUUUGCAAAAAACCUGAAAAUGCACGUGCAGAAUAAGCAUUUGAGUGAUGGAGGAAUUCGGUGGUAUUAUUGUGAAAAGUGCCCCCAUAAAACUAAGCACAGAAGCGCUUUGCAGCUGCAUAUCAGUAACAAGCAUUUGAGUGAAAGUGAAGUCGAGUGGUUUCAGUGUGAAGAGUGUUCGUAUAAAAGUAAACAGAAGAGCCGGUUAAAAGUGCACAUACGUGAGGUGCACUUCUUGGAUAAAAAAGAUAUCAAGUUGUAUGAGUGUGACCAGUGUUCGUAUAAAGCAAAACAAGCGAAAUGUGUGAAAGAUCACGUUAUUAUGAAGCACGUGAGGGAAAGUGAAGUGCAGUGGUAUCAGUGUGAGGAGUGUCCAUACAGAGGGAAAUUGAAGAAGUUGUUGAGUAAACAUGUAGCUACCGUUCAUUUACGCAGAAGUAAAGUGACCUAA